AUGCUGGCGGGAUUGCCCGACCACGAAAAGGAGGCCUUCUUCCAGCUCCUCGACGGCUACUUCGAGUCGAGGCCGCACCUGCUACCCGGCGGCGGUCAGGCUCAUGUAGCCGGCAGCCCCGGCCUCAGCGCGGCCGCGAACAACGGCAGUGGCGCUGGCAGCAUCACCGUCAACCGAGACGACCUGGACCGCGCCGGCAGGUUCGCGGCCACGCCCGUCGGCCAGAAGGUGGCUGGCUUUGCAGCUGGCCGGAUGAUGGGCAACAAGGCGCUCGGCAAUGCCGCGGCUAGCGCAUGGGCAGGCCACCACCAGUCGACCCAAGGCAGCGUCAGCCCAUCGGGGUCCUCGGCCGCCCUGCCUCUGCCAGCAAGACGGGGUCCGCCGCCCGCAGCGCCCAGCUCUGCGACGAAACCUCAAGGCAUCGCCGGGCUCGUGAGCGGCAAGACCUUUGGCGGCUUGAACAUCGGGCCCAAGACGGCGCCUGGUUCGGCGAUGCCACCACGGAAGUUAAGUUCCCCACGAAUUCCUACAACGACCGCGUCGCCGGCCUCUGGAGCCGGGAGGCUGCCGCCGCCAGCUCGCACUGGACCCGCAGUGAUGCCAAGCGCGUCGACCGGCUCUGCCUCUCCGGCCCCCGCGGCAGCGCCACAAGCCAGCGGAACGCCCGAAGUCGACGGCCUCGGAUAUGCCGAGGCGCUGUACGACUACGGAGAUGCAUCGGAUCCGGACGACCUCGUCGUCGUUGAGGGCGAGCGCAUCGUGCUGCUGGAGAAGAUCUCGGACGACUGGUGGCGAGCGAGAAAGGAGUCUGGCGGUCAGGAGGCCGGCAUCGUACCGACAGCCUACGUCCGACAGCUGUGA